AUGCAUAAUCCCAAGGUCUCACACGCAGUGGCGUUAAAGCAAGUACUUAGGUAUGUUCGAGGGAGCUACUCUCUCGGCUUGUUUUAUAAAAGAGAGAACAAGAAAGGGCUUGUAGGAUAUAGUGAUAGCAGCUACAAUGUUGAUCCUAAUGAUGGAAGAAGCACAACCGGUUUUAUCUUCUACUUCAACGAGUGCCCUGUAUCUUGGUGUUCGAUGAAACAAGAAAUUGUGGCUUCAUCUUCGUGUGAGGCUGAGUUCAUGGCAGCGACGGAGGCAGCUAAGCAAGCUAUCUGGCUUCAAGAGCUUAUAGGCGAGAUUGUGGAUGAGCCUAACAAAGCAAUGAUACUGAUCGACAACAAGUCUGCUAUUCCCUUGACUAAGAAUCCGGUAUUUCAUGGUAGGAGCAAGCAUAUUCACAAACGGUUUCAUUUUAUUAGAGAGUGUGUAGAAGAUGGGCUGGUAGCCAUGAAACAUGUAGCUGGUAAGGAGCAGAAGGCUGAUAUCUUGACUAAGAGGCACUUGGGAGAUGUAAGUUCAAGGAGAUGA